AUGACGUCAACAUCCUCCCACAGCGAGAUAAUCGCCCGCCUACGUCGUCAAAUUGAAGCUGGGAAGCCUAUCAUUGGAGCUGGAGCUGGUAUCGGUCUCUCUGCAAAAUCAGUCGAGGCUGGUGGAGGUGACCUUGUCAUCAUUUACAACAGCGGUCGCUUCCGAAUGGCUGGCUGCGGAAGUCUUGCAGGCUUGAUGCCAUACAGCAAUGCCAAUGAAGUGGUUGUCGAAAUGGCUGCGGAGGUCAUUCCCAUUGUUCGGGAUAUCCCUGUGAUCGCAGGUGUCUGUGGCACCGAUCCAUUCAAGCACAUGCCCAGAUUCUUGACACAAUUGAAGGAUCUGGGCUUCGCCGGUGUUCAAAAUUUCCCCACUGUGGGACUUAUCGAUGGUCAAUUUCGGGCCAACCUAGAGGAAACCGGUAUGGGGUAUGACAAGGAAGUUGAGAUGAUCCAACAUGCGGCAAAGUUGGGCCUUCUGACUACCCCUUACGUUUUCAACGUGCAAGAAGCCGAAGCCAUGACGAAGGCCGGCGCAGACAUUCUUGUUGCACACAUGGGUCUGACAACUUCCGGAUUGAUUGGAGCGAAGACCGGAAAGACACUGGAGCAAUGUGUUACAGACAUCCAGAAUAUUCGGGAUGCAGCUGUGCGAUUGAAUAAAGACAUCAUUGUUCUCUGUCACGGUGGGCCAAUCGCUGCUCCAGAAGAUGCGAAGUUUGUGCUGGACCGGGUACAGGGUUUGCAUGGCUUUUAUGGAGCUAGUUCUAUGGAGCGACUUCCUGUGGAAGUGGCUAUCAAGGAUACAACGGCCGAGUUCAAAAAUAUCCCUCUGCGAAAUUGA